CGUUUUAAUCGUCUUAGCUGCGAGGAAUUAUGGGACCUCUGAGCCUCCUCAAGGCGAACACCAAAACCGCCAACGAAUGGAGAUACUUCAUGUUUUGCCAAAUAAAAUAGAAAAAGAAGUUCUUCCACCCACGUCUGACAGUCUGCAACAGCAUAUGAAAUGUGCCGACUAUCAGACCAAUGUAUGGUGACAUUCCUUUAAUGUUAUGCAAGAUCUCGUUUCACCAGAGGGACAAGGUUGGGAGAUGAAAGAUGGAAAUUUUACACCGGCGAUAACAAAGGAACCAGCACGGAAAAAUUUGAUAACAAUGCAACCCGCCAGUGCAAGAAAUCAGAAUGCCGUACAAAUCGUUACUGUAACAUUGCAAAUCUCUCCUGUACAGAAACAUGUGUUUGCAUGGGAGACGAGACUUGCAGAAAUCCACAUGGCAUAAUUUCGUACAGCAGUGCUGCAGUGGCUCAAAGGAAAGCGACUCAAAUUAAUUAAUUCUUGAAAAACUGCAUAACGCAAUAACUGAAUAGAUAUUCAGGGUAUAUUUUAGUGGAUACUUGUAAUUCUGUUUUGCAACGAGAAAUACUUUUCUUUUACGUCGGACUAUAGUGAAUGUGAGAGAGGUGCUGACGGCGUUUAAAACACCUACAACUAAGCCUACUACUAGCUAGAGUAAGACAUGUAAGUAAUCGAGAAAUUGUGCCAUAUAGGAAUAAUGUCUUGUUAUCAAACAUGUUAAGCAAGAUAAUUUUUUACACAAUCUCACCCCUUGUUUAGUAGCUUUCUUCUUUGUUGAUCAACUUUCACAGAAAAAUGCGAACACUAAUUUCUUCAUCAGCUUCAUCGUCAGUACAUACUGCGCUGAGUGUAAAUGACAAUGGACAAAAUACUGGCUUUCAAAACCAUUGAUAACAAAGUUGUUCUUGAAAAAACAAUAAAAGCGUGAUUUUCUUUUAUUGUCAGCAAAUAGUUUGUCCUCGUGCGUGUCACCUGACUACCUCAGCGUGGUCAGCGUCUUCAGCCUCGUUUUCAUGCUGGACCAUAGGGUGCGUAAGAAAAACAUGCCGUCUAGUCAAAGUCUCUACCCCAGUUUGACCUUGAAAGUUGCUAGGCAUUAAUCAGGAGGUCCUGUUCUACCAAAAUCCGGUAACGAACCUUUUCUGACCCGUGGGUUUAAAGAAACGACAAUUUUCCGACCUCGGCGACUGGACUAUCUAGAAAACAGCAUUUUCACUUCCUCAAAACAAGCAUUUUUUGAGAUGGAUUGUUGAGAACGUGAUGAAACAAUGAAAGCCUGCUCAUCUUUAGCAACGGAUAUCGAAAGAAUGCAAACCAGAUGAAAACCGAGAAAACACAUGUCUAUAUGACAUGUGUCUUUCAAUUAGCAUCAGAGUUGAAACAUUUAGUAAAGUAGCAAAAAUGAUAAGUGAGUCUGAAGUAGUAGUUCUAUCGGCAAUUAAGAAUGUGUCAUUUUCAAUCGGAGCAUACCGAUCGUGAAAUACAGCUUCUUUGUCGGACAUCCGCAACAAUGGAGUAAAAUUGUCCCAAAGGUCGUGAAUGGCCAUUUUCUGGAACUAAGCAGAGUAUUUUUCCGAAAAUCUGAAGAAAUUAUCGAGCCUUCAACGCCACCGAGCGAGAAAUUUCCUUUGAGGUCCGAAUAGUGUUUCAAAGGUCCUUUAACAAUGAAAAUAGUGGAGUUCACUUUCAAAGUUGCAUCAUGGGUAAUCAGGACAAAAUGGCGGGAAAGUAGAAGAUUUGUAUUAGAAUUCGAAGCCAGCAAAUUCUUCCUGAAUUCAUAUAUUUGAUGCUUUCUUUUCGAAAAGAGUAACUUACGAGUUCAAAGAAACAAUACACUAAAUCUGGAGUGCAAAAAAGUCCGUGAUCAGUUUUUAGAAAACCUCAAUUCUUUCAUACAUUUUUGAAAAUUUGAUACUUUCGAAUUACAGGAAAUGUAUGGGAAAACCAAAGUUUUUUAAAAACUGAUCACGGACCUCAAUAAAUAUACCCUGCAAUUUUCAAGAACAUUGAAAACAGGGGAGGCUUUCAAAUAGGGCCUCAAAUAUAACCAAUUUUCGCCCCAGACUUUGUGUUUACAAGUGAGCGUCCUCAUUACUCACUGGCAUAUUUGUUUUCAAGUUUCAUAUGCACGUGCACACUUAGCAGAAAGAUAGAAUUUGCAUAAAAAAAGACCCUCGGUUAAAGCCCUGGAAUAUGCUAAUAACUGGGUAAAGAAAUUAGUGAUAUAUUAUAACAUCACAGCAACUCUUUGUAAGAGUUUCUGUGAUGUUAUAACUCGAGUACGAUAAUUAAGUAUUACAUCCUACACGAUGAGCCGUGACGUUCACCGUUUCGGUUCUCAGUGCUUUCUGUGGCACAAGCCAAUUAUUAGCAUAUUCCGGAUAUUUCUUUGGAAAUUAAUCGAGAGUUCUUUUUGAUGCAAACUUAUUUCUUUUGCUAGUUGUACACGUGCAUUUGAAACUUGAAAACAAUUUAUCGAGCGGCUUUUUAA